CGAAAUGGAUUUCGCAUCGCUCCAUCAGCGGAGGUUUUUCUAUCGUAAUGGAUAAGAAAUUAUGGGAGAUCACCGACACUCGUAUAAAGCCCGAUUCCCUCACUCGUUUGCGUUGUGCCUGCGCUAUCAAGACUUUCCAGCUGUUCACUUCGUCCGUCCACCAUAAGCGCAACGAUCUCAUAACAUGACCUCCCGCGAUGGUUACACAUGGUCGCCUGCUGCCGGUCUUGUAGCUGGUGUGCCUUCCAUUGGCGUUAUCAAUCCUCCUACCAAUGUCUCCAGUGCUGAAGUUCUUUACGAUGUCGUCGUCGUCGGCGCAGGAUACUGCGGCUUAACAGCUGCGCGCAAUGCUGCAGCCGAAGGGCUACAGGUCCUGUUACUUGAGGGACGGGACCGCAUUGGAGGUCGCUCAUGGUCAUCGAAUAUCGGCGGCUACCCUUUCGAGAUGGGUGGCACAUGGGUGCAUUGGGGACAGUCGAAUACCUGGCGAGAGAUGUCAAGAUAUCAGAUGAUGAAUGACGUUGAGAAGUCAUUUGACUUUUCGCAUGGUAUAAACCAUUAUGAGUUGAACAUCGGUCAGCAAGGUUAUACUAUGAGCCACGAAAAAGAGGAUGAGUUGCUCAUUUCGGCUUUGAACAAGUUCACGAACAUUGACGGAGUCUUUGGGAGAAACACUAUCCCUCUUCCCUACGAUACGUUCCACGUCCCAGCCGCGAGAGAGCUCGACAAUCUUUCGGCGCAGGAUCGCAUCAACGAAAUCGCACCAUCGCUAUCACCACAAGAGCGCGCUUCACUAGAAGCAUUCGUGCUACUUUGUAGCGGGGCCACACUCUCGACCAUGAGCUUCCACGAGUUCAUGCACUGGUGGGCAAUGUGUGGUUAUUCUUACACAGGCUGCAUAGACAUGCUCAUUACGUGGAAGUUCAAAAAUGGACAAUCGAGCUUUGCGAUCAGGUUUUUCGAGGAAGCGCUCGCUACCAAACGCCUUACAUAUGCCUUCAACAGCCCGGUCAAGCACAUCCAAGACACAGGCCGCAAAGUUGAAGUCACUACACGAGAUGGCCGUCGCUACCAUGCUGCACGACUGAUCUCUGCCAUGCCGCUCAACGUUCUCGGCGACGUGACAUUCGAUCCGCCUCUCAGCACUGGCAAGAAAGCAGCCAUCGCAACAGGUCACGUCAAUCAGUGUGUCAAGGUGCAUGCCGAAAUAUCGAACAAAGAUCUUCGUUCCUGGACCGGUGUCACUUAUGAAUCCGGCUCAAGAGCAUCCAAUGAGCUCAUGUACGCUAUCGGUGACGGCACAACACCCGCAGGGAAUACUCACGUCGUCUGCUUUGGAGGCGACAACAAGCAUAUUGAUCCUGAAGUCAAUAUCGAUGCAACAAAGCGUGCAGUCACAAACAUGUUCGCGCAGCAAAAGCAGAAGCCUGAGAUCGAGAGAUUAGUGUUUCACAACUGGUCAAAAGACGAGUUCUCAAAGGGCGCAUGGUUCUUCUCGCCGCCUGGGCUGCUCGUCAAACAUCUGGAUGACAUGAGGGAGAGGCAUGGCAAUAUCCUCUUCGCCAAUUCGGAUUGGGCCUUGGGUUGGAGGAGUUUCAUCGAUGGUGCAAUCGAGGAAGGCACAAGAGUAGCUUUUGAGGUUAGGAAGGAGCUGGCAGAGCUGAAGAAUGUGAAACCCAGUCUGUAGACUAUGACAAGAGUAGUCCCGAUAACUUUAACUGCUUUAAGCUUUGCAUAAGCACAGUAAGUCAUAUUCUCAAAUGCAC